CCUUCGUUAAAUACAAAACAAGUUGUCGGUGUGCACGCAUAACGGCACCAUUAACAUUCGGUUGCGCCAGCAGCACCACUUUGCCUUCCCACACAGAAAGGCAAACAACGCCUGCAUUGCUUUACUAAUCGCAUACUGCAUUCAAGUGUCAAGUCGUCAGUUGUCGGCCCAUGCCCUGCGAGCGUAUGUGUGUGUAGUUAGCACUGGGCAGCAUUGGCGUAUACGCAACAUAACAUAAUUGGCGGUGCGCAUAUCUACGAGUACAUAAAACAUUUACACGUACGCGGAAAUUACAUUUGUUAGACAUUGAAGAUGGCUUGUCCGUUCUUUCGACGCAGCGAUUCACUGUCGCGCCAGCCAUCGGUUUGUGCAGAAACGACUAACAACACUUGGCUGUUGGAGGAUGAGGAGCAACCAGAUGAUGCGUUGACCCUGACGCAUUUGCAAAUGGCCAUACAGCUGCUCACAGCACCAUCGAAUGCCGAUCUCAAUACCGCUGUUACAGCGCUCAUCGCCAAGUACAGCCAUAGUUGGCCGAAGAUUUCAAAGUUGCGCAUUGAUUUGGACACUCUGAAAAGUGUUCCCAACUAUGAUUACUUAACCGACAUUCAGGAAAUAUUGUUGGAAAUGGAUGAAUCGAGCGCCAGUGAAAUUCUGGUGUUGCUCGGCGAGGAGCUGAUCACUUCGUGCUGCACUGGCAUUAUAGAGCGCGCUUUUCGUUGCCUCGGCACUGACCUGCAAGAGUUUCUCGGUUCGUUGGAUGGCGUUUACGAUGUGCUCAAGCUGCAAGAGGAGGACGUCACUGACACCGGUUUCGUGUGCGCCGGCGAUGGUGAGCUAAUAUUCACCUCCGAACGUCCCGUAAUCGCUUGGCUGCUACUCGGCUCACUAAAGGCUUUGAUGCGUAUGCUGUUCAACGUGCAGGUCAAUAUCAAAAUAGAGCCUGUCGAAGGCGAUUCGCGGCGUUACCGUUAUCUAUUUUCACUAGUCAAGGAGUACACCGGCUCAUCGAUGCCAUUGCACAGCAGCCAUGUUGAGGUGGUUAAAGUGCCGUGCAAACUGCCGGCACAGCGACAUAAUUCAAGUAAGGCCGCCGAUUUGGCAAUGAAUUCGCAUACCUUCUGUAAGGCGUUCCCUUGGCAUUUCAUAAUGAACGAGAAAUUGGAACUGAUGCAGUUGGGACGCGGUUUCAGUAAACUAUAUAAGCCACAUAUGGCUGAACACGGCUGUUAUGCCACAACUUAUUUCGAUUUUAAGCGGCCAAAAGGUUUGACCUUGAAAUUUCGCGAUAUUGCACGCCGUACAUAUACACCCUUUUUGAUUGCUCUAAAGAGUCCACCCAAUGUCACUGAGUUCACAGCGAAGGAGCUGGAGAUCAAAGGCCAAAUGGUACAUUGUCCCGAAUCCAAUUCGUUGCUCUUCAUGGGCUCACCAUUCCUCGACGGUCUGGAUGGACUCACUUGCAAUGGGCUUUUCAUAUCGGACAUACCGCUGCACGAUGCCACACGCGAAGUCAUUCUAGUGGGUGAGCAGGCACGUGCCCAGGAUGGUCUACGUCGUCGCAUGGACAAGUUGAAAAGCUCGAUUGAGGAGGCAAAUGCCGCAGUUGCCAAGGAGCGUAAAAAGAAUGUCAGCUUAUUGCAUCUCAUAUUCCCAGCCGAGAUUGCCGAGCGUUUGUGGUUGGGUGCCAGUAUCGAUGCUAAGACCUAUCCGGAUGUGACCAUACUUUUUAGUGAUAUUGUCGGCUUCACGAGUAUUUGCUCGCGUGCUUCACCCUUCAUGGUGAUCAAUAUGCUGGAGAGUUUAUAUAAAGAUUUCGACGAAUUUUGCGAUCUCUUCGAUGUCUACAAAGUGGAGACUAUUGGCGAUGCCUACUGUGUGGCAAGUGGCUUGCAUCGUGCUUCGAUCUAUGAUGCACACAAAGUGGCAUGGAUGGCAUUGAGGAUGAUCGAAGCUUGUGGCAAGCAUAUAACGCAUGAUAAUCAGGAAAUCCAAAUGCGCAUCGGCCUGCAUACAGGCACCGUAUUGGCCGGAGUGGUAGGCCGUAAAAUGCCGCGUUACUGUCUCUUCGGGCACAACGUAACCAUAGCCAAUAAGUUCGAGUCAGGCAGCGAGGCAUGCAAAAUCAACGUCAGCCCAACAACAAAGGAUUGGCUAGUCAAAUAUCCUGGCUUAGAGUUCGAUUUAAAAGCACGCGAUCCUUCUUGUCUACCCAAAGAAUUUCCCGAUACCAGCGGCGAUAAGACAUGCUACUUCCUCGAAGGUUAUUGCCAUCCAACAUUGGGCGAUGAAGUGCCAUUGGAGCAACACAUCAGUGAGGCGUUGAAGUCCAUUGCGGAACAAUAAAGAGCGUAAAAACAAAUAUGGGUUUUGAAAAAGCUCACUCCUUAUAAUUACAUAAAAGAUAUAUUUUUAGCAAACAAUAAGCUGGCAUUAAGGUGUCACUCAAGAAAAUACACUCUGAAUAUUACAAAUAUAUAAAAUGUUGGUUGCUCCUCAAUAUGCACAACCAUUUUUGAGCUGUUCAAUAAUAAAUAACUCAAUAAUUCGUGGCCAUAGCCCAAAUAACAAGCAUA